AGUAAUCCACAACUGGUAGACCGGGCCCAGGAAAUGAUUAUGCUAAAAGUUCGCUCGAGUAACAUCACAGAAUCAAUAAGAUCCAUCAACUUGCUUGAAGAAUGCAUGAACAAUUGCGGCUCCGAGUUUCAAGAUGAGGCAUCUAAAUUUCGAUUUCUAAAUCAACUCAUACGCCUCGUUUCAAAGAAGUAUCAUGGAGCUGACACACCUGCUCCAAUCAAGAAACGUAUCAUGGAAUGCUUGCUCUUGUGGACGACAGAGUUUCCUCAAAAAAGUAAGAUACGAGAAGUAUAUGAAAUGCUAUCUAAAGAGCAAGAAGUGGACCCUGGCAUUACGCCGGCUAUAGAGGCGAAGGGACAGAGCGUGCUAGGUAUCGACGAAGCAAUGCUAGCCAAGCUAAUAAAGAGUAAUGACCCUAAAGACUAUAAAAGAGCAAACUUGCUUAUACAAAAUAGAGUGAAACAGGAAGCCCGGCGCAUGGAUUUGUUGAUACAGUAUAAAAAUAUUUUACAGGAAGUUACAAUAACUGUUGACUUAUUGGAUGAAAUGCUUAAUACAUACGAGCGUGAAGGAAAAAAACAGGAUACCGAAAGAGACUGUACCAUGGGCGAGUUGUACCAUGCCUGCAAAAAACAUAAGCCUGUUUUAGACCGAUUGCCAGCGAUAAUAGGAAAUUUGGAUGAAGUCCUAAUAAUUGAUGCAGUGGAAAAAAAUGACUCCUUGGAAAAUGUCAUCAAGCGAUACAAGAAUUUGGUUGGUUCGCCUAAAAAUAAAAGCACGAAUGAAUCUGCUCUUGAUACUAAGACUUCCGGGCCUAAAUCCAAAAGUGUUCCUUUGGAACCCAUAAAAAGUACAAGUGAAGACUUACUAUCAGAUCUGCUUGGGAGUGAUUCUAAUGUUACGAACGCAACGACGUCGGCUAGUUCUCUGUCUCCUAUUGAUGACCUGGAGCUAUUGGGCGCAACUGCGCCUAAGCCAAACGAAAAGGUGGAGGGGUCAUCUGCAAAUCCGCUUGAUGACUUGACUUCCAUAUUUGAUGCUGAUGAAAUAAAAAAUAAUACUUUAUCUGCAGCAACUAAAAUGGAUAAUGUUUAUAGUUCUUUAAAUAUUUUAGAACCGAUAAAUGUGUUUCCUACAUCGGCUACCAGUGAGUCCAAUGCAAUAUGUAAGACUGGGACCGUGGCGGAGAAAGGUGCCUACCGAAAGCUUCCUGACAUUGACAAGCUAAGCGAAGAUCUCUUUCAAAAGUCGUUGCAAGAUUUAGAAAGAGUAUACAGUUUUAAUAAAAAAGGUCCAGAAAAACUAACUUUAAAUACCCUAGCGAAAGAAAAGGCCGCAUUAAAAACUCUUAACACUUCGCCAUCAAAAGUUCUACCUAAUAGCAUUGAAAAACAAGUUCUUCAGCGAGCAGAUGAUGAACAUAUACUUAAGAGCUCCAGUAAAGACGAUGAUGAUGUAGUGCUGUCAACGGAAAUUGACCACAAUGGGACCCAGGCUUUAGAUUCAGAAAUUAGUAAAAAUAUCGAAGUUGAUAAAACUGUGAAAGAAAAGAAUGUAGUGAAACAUUUAGCUGAUAUUGAAAUUGAUUUGGAUGAAGUAGAACCAACUUCUGUAGAUCGCACACUGCUCGAUGAAGACGACAUAAAAUUGACCUUAAGCUUCACGAGAAAUCGUCCUAGUAAACAAGUGUCAGUGAUUGUAAUCUCCGCAAUUAAUAAAAGUAAAUCGCCAGUUCAUGAUUUCAAAGUUGAAGCCAGUGUACAUAAGCCAUGCAAAGUGCGUCUUUUGCAACCAACUGCAACAACAAUGCCGCCUUGCAAACCCUUUCGCCCAGCGUCUCUUGUCAAUCAAGUUAUGCUAUUGCUUAAUCCUACAGGCAAGCCGAUUGAUGUUACUUGUAUUUUUAGCUACAAAUUGGACAGCGAUCCAGAUCCUAUAAAGGAGUGUCACGUAGCAAAGGAUAUACCGUAUGUUGAAUAAAUUGUCUGUACUGAAUAAGGGUUGUUUCAAAUGUUAAUUUAAGGUUUUAAUUCACUUGUAUAAUGAAAAAUGAAAGCUUUGUUGUUAAAAAGGCUUAAGUUAUCGUCUUGUAUUAAAAUGGUAUUUACACCUUUUAUUUGAAUGCUGACGCCUACUGUGAAUAUUUAUAAAUGAAAUCUUAUGUAUGUAUGUAUAUCUAUACAAUAUCGCAUUUGCACAUUUGGCGCAACAUCGUUUGUUUACACCAUAUAUGUAAUACUUCUAUAUUGGCAGUAAGCUAACUUCUCAAUGUGUAAGCAUUCCGAAAUCAAAGCGAGA